AUGCUUUAUUUUAAAGGAUUGAUACUGUUGGUGAUUGCCACUGUCUCGUUGGCUGUGUCAGUGCUGGACCCUGCAACAUUGAUCAUCUAUGACCCAAAAUUGACCAAUCUAGAUGAUUAUUCUAAAUUAAUUGACAAUUUGAAAAAACAAUCAUAUAAAUUAACAAUUAAACAAAUUGAUGACGAAUCAAUUAAAUUAUAUAAGAAUGAUGAAAAAUUAUAUCAAAAUGUUUUAAUUUUCCCAACCAAGACAAGAACAAUUGGCUCAGAUAUUACAGGUUUUAAACUAUUAGAAUUUUUCAAUGAUGGUGGUGAUGUUUUCAUAAUUUCAAAUCCAAAUGGGUUAAGUGAAUCAGUUCGUACUUUUAUUAAUCAAUUGGGUAUUUUCCCAAGUCCAAGAAACCAUCAAUUAUUGGAUCAUUUUGUUUAUGAUGAAACAAAAGCUUUUGAAAGUCAUGAUGUUUUAAAAUUAAAUGAAUCAAAUAUUGUUGAUCAAGGUGCAAUUAUUAAAAACAAAGUUGACAGUUUCAAUUAUAAAGGUUCAAGUGCCCUUUUAGGUAAUGGAAGAUUAUUAAUCCCAGUGGUGCAAGCACCAACUACUUCAUUUGUUAAAGAUUUGAAAAAUGAUGAUUUUGUUUUAGAAAAUAGUUGGACAGUGGGGACUCAAGGUUAUUUAGCAGUUGGAUUCCAAGGUAUGAAUAAUGCAAGAGCAUUUUGGAUUGGUGAUGAAGAUUUAUUAAAUGAAGAUUUUGCUCAAGAUUUUAUUAAAUGGACAUUUCAAGAAACUGGAGUUUUAAAAGUAACAUCUGUGGAACAUUCACAUUUAGAUGGUAGAUCAUAUGAGGAAACUCCAUACAAGAUUAAAGAUGAUGUUAUUUACAAGAUUGGUGUAUCAGAAUGGGAUGGUUCAAAAUGGGUUCCAUUCAUUACAGAUGAUUUACAAGUUGAAAUUAAAUUAUUAGAUCCAUAUCAUAGAUUAAAUUUGAAACCAAUUCUUACCCAAGGUGAAUCAACAAUUUAUGGAGUUGAAUUUAAAUUACCAGAUCAUCAUGGUGUUUUCUCAUUCCAUACAAAUUAUAGACGUUCAGGUAAAAGUUUUAUUGAUGAAAAAAACACAUUAGCUAUUCGUCAUUUAGCAAAUGAUGAAUAUCCAAGAAGUUGGGAUAUUACGAAUUCAUGGGUUUAUAUUACUUCAGCAGUUGUUGUGUUCAUUGCAUGGGUUUUCUUUGUUGUUUUUUUCAUUUAUUCAACAGAUGAGACUUUAGUUGAAGCUAAAAAGGAAAAAUAG